AUGGCACCACCAAUCGUUGGCCAGAGCCAUGGCAGUUCAUUAAUAAUCAAUGCGUUAAUGUGGCUUCCAAUUUUGCUCUUCAUAACAAUGAGCAGCUGGUCCCAGCCGGUGGCAAGUCAGCAAUUUCCUCCGUACCCGCUGACACUACCGCCAUUGCCAUUGGUUUUGCCAGUAGAACAUGGUAAAAGCAAUUACCAUGAACCGGCCACAGAGGCGUUGUCAGGAUUAGCGGGAUAUGAGCGAAAUUAUUACGACGGUGCCGGCGAUGACUAUACAAGGACUUCAUAUGGAAAUUAUGCACAGAAUAUUCAAACUCAUGGCACAACAGCAAACGGUUUUGUGCCCUAUCCUAGCAGCCGUUUCUCUUUACCAACGGAAGUUGAGCUUGACCCAGGUCAGGAGCAAACACAACAUCAUCAACUGCAGCAACAGCAACAGCAACAUGAUAGCAACAACGAUUUUGUCUUUAAUACGGCAAAUUAUGAGGCGCAGAGUCAGGAGCCAGCCACCUACUAUCACAACUUUGCCUAUCAGCCGCGAGAACAACCGAUUUCCAAUUAUCGAGAGGACAGGGAAAGGCAAUUAUUGCCGCUGCAGGCUCGCCAAGCAACAUCAGAUGAUGAGGUGCAGACCCGACAUAAACAGCAUCAGAGAACAGCCGAGCCAGUCAAGCGGCAGCAGGAAGAACUUCCCCCAAGAGGAGCAACGACCGCGGCAAAGCAGCAGCAGCAGCAACAUCAGGAUCAGCAAUCACUUUACUCUCACUCAGAAGUGCAUAUAGCCAAUGCUCAUUCACCUCCUCAGUUGCCGCCCAUAACUACGAGCAUACAUCACACUCCCUCAAGCAGCAAGGCUCUGGCUGGUCUCCCGCUGGCCAAGCAUAUUGAAAUUACCAAACAUGUACCCAUCACUCACUAUCAGAAGCAGCAUGUUCCCUACAAACAGGCAAUCCAGAUCCAGGUGCCACGCACAGUCAUUAAUACGAUUCCAAAGCCAAUGGCUAUUAAAAUUCCGAUUUCGAAAACUGUGGCGGUCCCCCAACUUCAAGAGGUUAAGAUUCCAAUUGAGAAGAUCAAGCCAGUGCCCGUGGAGAGGCCCAUGCCGUUUGUGGUGGAGCGUCGUGUUCCAUAUCGUGUGGAGAAACCUGUUGCCACUCCCUUUUACUAUCCCUAUCCCGUGAAAGUGCCAAUUGUGCGUACAAUUGUGCACAAACAGCGGCCGGCCCACUACACUUCAGGAAUAAUUGGCGGAGGCAUUGGUUGGAGUACCAAUAGUAACCAAUUGUUGGGCUAA